AGAAUUAAUCUGACGUCAAUGUAUACUAAAUGACAACUUAAUUUGACUGAAUUGGACGCUACGUGUGAAUAUCACUCCAAAUGACAUUCUACUAUUAGAUCGGGUCAUUAUGGUGUACUUGGUCGAUCUAAGUCUUUCAUAUUAUAUUAAAAAAUACUUUUCCGGUUUUUCUAGGAUUACAUGCACAUGAUUACCAUGCACUACCAUGCACUAGUCUGACGGUGUCUAUAAAUAUUAAGCCCUAAGAUACAAGCUGAACACGCAUUCUCCUAAAAUCCCAAAUCAAUUAAGCAAACAGAAUACUGAUGAAGUUUCUUUGGGUUGUACUACUCAUCACCCUUUCUGCACUUGGGGAGGGAAACACAACCCCCAACCAAGCAUGCAACCCCAACGACCUCAAAGGCCUAAGCAAUUUCAAGGCUGGGAUUCCCAUCGACACCUCCGGCCGCCUAGCGAUGUGGGUUGGCGGCGGUUGCUGCGAGUGACAAGGCAUUACUUGUGACAACAGGACCGGCAGAGUGAUUGGAAUCAGCCUUCCAGGGUGGAUCACAAAAGAUGAUGAACCUUUCCUCGCCCGUAUGGUAGGCACUCUCUCUCCUUCAAUAAAUCUCAUUUCAUUCCUUGAAGUCCUGAAUCUUGGUGAGAACUCUGACCUCACCGGAAACAUCCCAGAACUCAUCCUUCCGAACCUCCAAAGGCUUUACCUCUAUUCAAACAGUUUCUAUGGACCUGUGCCUGAUUCAAUUGCAAGCUUGACGCGUUUAGUAAGUCUGGAUCUUCAUAACAACUCUCUGAGUGGUCACAUACCGCAGGGAAUUGGUCAAUUGCAAGUCUUGCAAGACCUUGAUUUUUCAAACAAUUUUUUGUCUGGUAAACUUCCCUCUUCCAUGGCUAAUCUGUCUGCCAUUAGAAAUCUAGGGUUGGACUCUAAUUUUCUUGAGGGGCCAAUUACAUUUCUGUCGAUCUCUCCGAAAAUGUCUCAUCUCCGGCUUAUAAGGCUGCAGGAUAAUAGUCUUACUGGAAAAAUUCCAAAAUUCAUUGGCCAACUCCCACAGCUUGAACACCUCCUCCUUUCUCGGAAUAUGAUUGAAGGACCACUCCCUUCUGAGAUGUCUUCUCUUAAACAUCUCGAAACACUCGAUGUUUCUUUCAACCCAUUGAGGCUCUCUGCCAUCCCGAAAUGGCUCCCAGAGUUACCGUCACUUCUUCGGAUUUUCUUGGCGGGGUGCGAAAUCCAGGGAGAAAUUCCAGAGCUCUUUCCAAGUGCAAUACAAGAAUUGGACUUAUCAGUCAACAAUCUCACCGGAAGCAUUCCUACACGCUUUGGAGAUGAAAACUUUCAAAUGCUCUUCUCAUUGAACCUAUCCAAGAACGCACUCGUUUCAAACAUCCCCGAGUCAAUUGGAAACUUGAAAAGGUUGAUAUGGCUUGACCUUCACGCCAACAAACUAUCUUCCAACUUACCAGAGGCGUUGGGAAAUCUGAUCAAGCUGACCAAGCUCGAGCUGCAGCAAAACCAGUUUUCCGGAACAAUUCCAAACAAGUUUUUGAAGCUGAAGGAUUUGUGGAAAUUUGAUGUAUCGGACAAUCUUCUGGAGGGGAAAAUCCCGGAAGGCAAACCAUACAGUGACUUCCCGAAAAGCUCCUACUCCGGAAACAAAGGCUUAUGCGGAAAGCCUCUCCCUCCCUGUAAGAAGACUUGAAGGCCUCCUAUCUACGUAACUAAAUAACUUUUCUUUCGUUCAUGCUCAGGUUUAUGGUACGUUAAAUAUUAAGCAUCGGCAUUUAAGUAGUUAGAAAACUGAAGGAUGCUUGUUGCCUCAGUUCACUGGAGAUUAUGAGUCUAUAAAACUACACAAAAGAUGACACAAUUUCUUCUUGAUUUGAAGUGUAUUAAUGGUUAAAUACGAGAUUUACAUUGUCCCAUCA